GUGAGCUGUGAUUGGUCACAGCUUGUCACAUGGUACAAGGCUGUUGUGAAUUGCCCUUUACCAUGUGACCUCUGUGAUCAUUCACAGAUUUCACAAGUAGUAAGCAAUGAUGUCAGGAAGUGACAUCUUGUUUACUACUGUUCAUGUGAUCUCUGAUUGGCCAAUCAGUGAUCAUGUGAAUCAUGACCUCACACAGAGGUCCUAUACAGUGAUCUGUGUUUUGGAGGACACAGUGGGCACCAGAGCACGGUGCCGCACGCUCCCAGGGAGAGCGCACAGGCAGGGAAUGCGGAGGCGGUUUAUA